GCAAACCAGAAUUGCACAUCUCUCUUGCCUCGUUUUCUGUUUCCUGAAUCUGUCCUGUCCUAGUGUCGAAACUCAGAUGUCGGCGAUGAUGCGGAGGAUGGCUUCUGCUUCUACUUCAGGUUUUGUUCAUUCUCAUCUCUCCUCUUGUCUCUAUCUCCGUCCGAGAUUCAGCAGUUCUGUCCCUUAUAGUAAUGUGAAAGAUGUUGUUGAUGUAUUCGACCAAAUGGUUCGAUCUCGUCCCCUCCCUUCCAUCGUUGAUUUCAAUAAAUUACUAAGUGCAAUUGCCAAAAUGAAACGGUACGAUAUCGUUAUUUCUCUUUGCAAGAGGAUGGAAUUGCACGGGAUUUCACAUAGCAACUACAGUUUGAAUAUUCUUAUCAACUGUUUCUGCCGCUCACGUCAAGUGGGUUUGGGAUUUUCGGUUUUGGGGAAAAUCAUAAAAAUGGGUUACGAGCCAAAUGUUGUCACAUUCACCACCCUCAUCAAUGGAUUAUGUCUGGAGGGUAAGCUUUCUGCGGCAUUAAGCUUAGUUGAACGAAUGGUAGAAGAUGGAUAUACUCCUAACGUUGUAACAUGUACCACUGUUGUCAACGGACUUUGUCUCCAAGGUAGAAUCCGCAAGGCUUUCACUUUAGUUGAUCAGAUGUCAGAGAAAGGCUAUCAACCCAAUGUAUUCACUUAUGGUGCUAUUGUGAAUGGCAUUUGCAAGUUGGGAGAUUCCGCUCUAGCUUUAAAUUUGAUCACCAAGAUGGAGGAAAGGCAUGUUGAGAUCAAUGUCGUAGUUUAUAAUACGAUUAUAGAUUGUCUUUGUAAAGGCGGACUUAUAGAUGAUGCGAUUAAUCUGUUUAGAAAGAUGGAUGAUCGAGGAGUUACGCCAAAUAUUGUUACCUACAACACUUUGGUAAAUGGUCUUUGUAGUUAUGGUAGAUGGGGUGAUGUCGCACGAUCAUUGAAUGAUAUGAUCAAAAGGAAAAUCAUCCCUGAAGUUGUCACUUUCACCAGAUUAAUUGAUAAUUUUGUUAAAGAGGGAAAGUUUCUAGAAGCCAGUAAACUUUACGAGCAAAUGGUUCAGACAGGGUUGGUUCCGAAUACUUUCACAUAUAAUUCGUUGAUAAAAGGAUUUUGCAUGCAGAAUCGUCUUGAUGAGGCGAAAAAAAUGUUUGAUUUUAUGGCAACCAAGGGAUGUUCUCCAAACGUGGUGACUUUUAACACUCUCAUAGAUGGAUUUUGCAAGUCCAGUAGGGUCGACGACGGUAUGAAACUCUUUAGUGAGAUGUCUCAAAGAGGAGUUGUUGCUGAUACACAUACUUACAACACUCUCAUCCAAUGGUUUUGUCGAGUAGGCAACCUUGAUGCUGCCCGAAAACAUUUUCUAGAGACGCAGGGUCAUGGUCCUCAUCCAGAUCUUAUCACUUUCAAUGUUCUGCUUGAUGGACUAUGUAAGAAUGGAAAUUUAGAAAAGGCAUUGAGUUUAUACAAUAAGAUGGAAAAGAGUGGGAUGAAUCUUGAUAUAAUCGCACAUACUAUAAUCAUUCAUGGCUUGUGUAUGGAUGACAAGGUUGAGGACGCAUUGCGAUUGUUUAAUGGGCUAUUUGAUAGAGGGGUGGAGCCAAAUGUGAAAACAUAUACUGCAAUGAUUUCUGGACUUUGUAGAAAAGGUUUACUUGAUGAAGCCGGAAAUCUAUUUAGAGAUAUGAAAGAGGCUGGUUGUUUUCCAAAUGAUCGCACAUACAAUGCGUUGAUUCGGGGUCAUCUCAUAAAUGGAUAUACAUCUAUGGGUGUCGAGCUUGUACGCGAAAUGCGUAGCUGUGGGUUCUCUGCGGAUGCAUCAACCACGGAGAUUAUUGUAGAUAUGAUAUAUGAUGGAGGAUUGGAUAAGAAAUUUGUGGAUUCUCGGCCAUAGUUGUUUGGUUUUCGCAGUAGGAUCUUGCCCUCCGUAACGGCAGUCAUUUGAAUAACGGGUGGAUCUUUCUUUCCUGUACUUGGCAUGUUUAUGUGUUGCAUGUGAGUUUGGGUUCAAGGAGUUCGUUCUUAUCUGCUUUUUGUUUUGUUUUUCCUGUGGAUGGUUGUGUUCUCUAGGAAAGGUGGAAAUUCCUGCAAGUGAAUCGGAGACUUACCAGAUGGUUGGAUCCUCCGUCUUGUGAUGUUUAAUUAAUCUUCUUGGUAAGGAACAAUUGCUAUAUGAUUGUUUUUGAGAUAUUGUAUUAGCUUAUAUCGUGUAAAUAAAUUCACUUUAUUGAAAGAAUGCUACUAACGAUGUUUGUUAUGAGUUUUAUAUAGUGCAUCCGCUUGAUAACUUUUUUA